UCAAGAGUCAGACAUACAUAGAUAUUCGGUUUUUCACAGGGGGAAAACCAACAAGGAAGAACUCAGAUAUGGAAAGAUCAAACAACAUAGAGUGGAGGAACAACUUCUAUGGUCGUUCAAGAAUUUCACCAUGGAGCUAUGGGGAUUAUGAUAAUUACCAACAGGAUCAUGAGUAUCUUCUAGGGUUUUCAUGGCCACCAAGAUCCUAUACUUGCAGCUUCUGCAAAAGGGAAUUCAGAUCGGCUCAAGCACUUGGUGGCCACAUGAAUGUUCACAGAAGAGACAGAGCCAGACUCAGAUUACAACAGUCUUCAUCAUCAUCUUCAACACCUUCUCCUCCUUACCCUAACCCUAAUUACUCUUACCCUUCCAUGGCUACCUCUCCUCCUCCUCCUCUAACCCUAUUCCCAACCCUUUCGCCUCCUUCCUCACCUGGUUAUGGGCCAUGUUUGGCCCGUCCCUUGAGCCCCAAGUCUAAACAUCUACCAGAAAACACUUGUGAGACUAUGAAGCCAUCUCUUGUUUUGGAGGCUGCGGAAGCCAAAAGUUUGGGCAAGAAAGAUGCUCGCAGGUUCUUGAAAAAUGAAGAAAUCAUCAGCUUGGACCUCGAGAUUGGUGUGAUCAACGAGUCAGAGCAAGAUCUAGAUCUAGAGCUCCGUUUGGGUUUUGCUUAGAUGGUAAAACGUAUAACUUUAUCCAUAAAUGAUUCUAAGUUCACAUAUUAGAUCACUCUAGAAAGAGAUGUUGCUUUUCUAAAGUUAAUUAGUUCCGUCUACAUAAACUAUCUUAGCGUUCGAAUUAGCAGAACUUUUAUAUUACUGUAAUAUGACUAUAG